AUGUCGAACUUUCGAUAUCGACCAGAGAUUCUGGAUGGUGUGAGCGAUGAGCUGACCAGAGAAUUGAAGGAAUGUGAAGGCAUGGUUAUAGUUGAUGGACCCAAACUGAAGACGAUCACCGAUCAUUUCGUCAAGGAGCUGGAGAAAGGACUUUCCGUGGAGGGCGGAUGCAUUGUCAAGAAGCCCAUGAACGUAACAUGGAUAUCGAGGUACCCAACCGGUAAUGAGAAAGGACGGAUUCUGACCAUGGACAUGGGAGGGACAAAUCUACGCAUAUGCGACGUAUGUCUGUCCACAGGAAGGAGAGACUUUGAUCAGAUCCAGCGGAAGUAUAAGCUCCCAGAUGGAAUCAAGACAAGCACCCUAGAGACACUGUGGGAUUUCAUAGCGGAUCGACUAUCGUCUUUUCUGGAUGAUCACCAAAACGGUGAAGAAGAAAAAAGGCCACUGCCAUUGGCAUUCACCUUUUCAUUUCCUGUCGACCAAAGGUCUAUCCGGAGUGGAACCCUGCAGCGGUGGACGAAAAACUUCAACGUGCCCGGAGUGGAAGGGAAUGACGUCGUACCCCAAAUAGAAGCUGCACUGCAAAGAAAGAAUCUCCCGGUAAAAGUAGUGGCCCUGAUCAACGACACGUCGGGAACGCUCGUCGCGUCCCAUUACCGGGACCCACAGGUCAAAAUCGGCAGCAUCUUUAGCACCGGUUGCAACGCGGCAUAUAUGGAAGACUGCCGGGAUAUCCCCAAGCUCCGUGAGUAUGGGCUUCCAGAAGACGCAACUGUAAUCAUCAAUACUGAAUACGGUGCCUUCGAUAACGAACGCAAAGUGCUGCCCCUGACCCUGUUCGACCACCAAAUUGACAAACAAUCUGCUCGACCGGGCACUCAAAUCUACGAGAAGAUGGUGGCAGGGCUAUACAUAGGCGAGAUGUUGCGACUGAUGCUCUUAACGAUGCAUGAGAAAGGGGUAAUCUUCAAAGGGCAAGACGUAACCAAACUCCGGACAGAAAAUGCACUAGAGGCCUCAUUCCUGUCAAUCGCCGAGUUGGAUAAUUCUGAAGGUCUGACGGACAUGAAAGCCGAAUUCUCAGAGAUCCUUAACUUGAAAAGUACGCUGGACGAGUUGAAGGCGUGCCGUUAUCUUAUCGGGUUGAUCGCGACGCGUGCGGCGCGUCUUUAUGCAUGUGGGAUUGCCGCCAUUUGCAAGAAGAAGAACAUUCGCAAGUGUCGCGUUGGAGUUGAUGGGGCGGUGUUCAGUAAGUAUAGUAUGUUUAAGGGUCGAGCAACGCAAGGUCUUCGUGAAAUUUUCGAUUGGGAGCCUGGUGAAGAGGAUCUUAUAUCUCUCAAUGCAGCGGAAGACGGUUCUGGCGUGGGAGCAGCUUUGGUGGCGAGUUUGUCUCUCGAUCCAAGUGAACUGAAAGGACAGCUCACUGCGUCCCUCGCCUCUCUGGGUAAGGUGUGCUGGAUGCGCUUGGAAAGCGAGGUUGUCCGAUUUACCAUCAUCCCUGACCAAGGUACCCAAGUAUGGGCCACAAUACCAGUCGGUACCAUCUUCGAUGACACAACCUACGAACUCGAAUCCAACUCCGAUGCCAUAAACAUCGAAGUGAACAUCAGCGUCCUGAACCGCGCUCUCCGCUCAGCAUGGGGCUCAACACACACCCAGCUCCGCCUAACAAAAAAAGACAAACAACCUCUCCUAGCCUUAACCGUCCUCUCAACAGAAUGGACAGACGGUAACAUGGCCCUAGCCACGAGCACGGACGACAUAUCCACCAACCCAACCGACACAACGGGUGAUCGCGGGCCCCGCGAACGCCAGACCUGGAUCACGCAAGAAGUGCCCAUCAAGAUCCUGCACGAGUCCGCAGUCGAGGGUCUACACGAGCCGCACUGCCCAGACCCAGAGGUGCACAUUAUCCUGCCCAAUCUGGCCCAUCUGAAGAGUAUAUCUGAUCGAUAUACGAAACUCGCGUCAACGGGAUCGAAAGAGAAGCCCGGCGUAAUGGCGCCCGAGGCACCGGGCAUGAACUCCGUGUCGUUUAGCACAAAUGCAGGAACGACGCUGUCAACGAAUUCCUCGCCGAAGCUGGAGUUGUCGGCUAAUAUGCAUGGCUCGCUGAGGCUGGCUAUUGCAACUGAUGAGCUGCGCAUUGCUAGUGUUUGGUCAGAUCUUGUUAAUCCGCCGCUGGAUCCGGCGCAGAUGACGCAGGAGCAGAUCGAGCAGCUGCCCAGUGAGCGGAAUAGAAUGCGCGAGGCUAGGGAGGGGGAUGAGUCUGGUUGGGCAAGGGUGAGGAUUGAUGGGAAGGAUUGGAGUCGGGUACUUAGUAUUGGGAGACUUAGUCCUAAGGUCGUUGCUUGCUUCGUCAAUGAUAUGGCACUCGUUCUAUACGUUUAUCUGCCGGGGAGUUGGAAUGGGGAGGAGUCCUGUCUCACUUAUUAUAUCAAUUCCUUUACAACAUGA